AAAAAAAAGAAAAAGAAAAGAAAUUCAACCUUCCCAGAUAUGUAAAGAAUGUACGAGGAACCUAAGAUCAAAGAAAAGUGAAAGAUGGGAAAAAAUGAUAUAAUAAACGACCACGGUGCGAUUCGAACGCACAAAUCUUUGGUGCCGAAAACCAACGCCUUAACCAUUAGGCCACGCGGCCCGCUUGUAGUAUUAUUAUUAAUAAUCCCAAUUUCUCUUUGGCCAUCAGUUCUAUCUCCGAGAUUAUAAACAGAACAACCACCCCCGAUCGAUAGAAGAGCUGUGCAAGUUGGAUAUGAUACAUGAGUUACAUGAGUGCCUUUUACGAGAUUUAUAAUGAAAAGAAUAAUGCAGACCAGGUUACUCAUGUCAUCUGAAGCCACCCGGCUAGCUAAUUAUCUAAUUGACCACCAGUCCCUCAUCGAAAUCAACAUUCAUACAUCCAUUACAUGAUAACAUCCAUGUAGAUAGAUGCACGACCCUUGCCGCUGCCCCUCAUGUACACUCUACUAAUAAUACUCCUAAUAACCGUAGGGGUGGUAAUCCCUCCAGCUCUGCUAUACCUAAUCUACAAACCCCCCACCUCCCUAAUCCAGUACUUCCAGCUCCGCUGGCCUGAUAUCCUGUGGCUCGGGCCCAUCCCCUCAACCUCAACCUCAACCUCAACUAUCAGCAACAGCAACAGCAACAGCAACAGCAACACAGCGAGCAGAGACAAAUUAAUAGCCCUGACAAUUGAUGACGGACCAAGUCCCUACAUCGCUGAGAUCCUUCAGAUCCUCAAAGCCAACGAUGCAACCGCCACGUUCUUCCUCAUCGGCUCGAACAUCACUGACAGUAUCACAGGUGCAGAGACAAACACAAGCAAGGCGAAAGCAGCAGAGACGCCGCAAACACAGACAGAAACACUCCACAACCUCCUCCGCGCCGGCAACGAAUUAGCCAACCACGCCAUGCGCGAUGAGCCGUCAUGGCGCCUCUCCGACGCAGAGCUCAUCGCCCAGAUAAAAACCGUCGAGCGCAAAAUACAGCAUAUCUACAACUCCGUAUACACCACCACUACUACUACUUCAACACCGAAAAACCCCCCUGAGAAUGCACCACAACCACAACCAUCACCACCACCAAAACCACCAAAAUACUUCCGCCCCGGCUCCGGCUUCUUCACCACGCGCAUGCGCCACCUCCUGGCCGCGCUAGGCUACAAGCUCGUCCUGGGCAGCGUGUAUCCGCACGAUGCGCAGAUCCCCUUCCCGCGCGUCAAUGCCUGGCACGUCCUCGACCUGGCGCGGCCCGGUGGUAUUAUCAUUUGCCAUGACGGGCGGAGAUGGACGGCGCCGAUGUUGCGGGUGGUGCUGCCUGAGUUGGGGAGGAGGGGGUAUCGGGUUGUUACUGUUACGGAGUUGGUCGGCGGAUAG